AUGACUGUUAAUGGUAGUACACGUUCAUUAAGACAACAUGUUCAACGUUCACUUGGUGAUGAUUUUAUUGAACCACCUUCUGUUAUGUCAGUAAUAGGAAAUGAGAACGAUGAUGAUGAUGGAACUGAAGAUUUUCAUCCCAGAGGUGCUUCAUCAAAAGCACGGACACGUGGAACUGGAAGACAAACACGAGUGGGAAGAAAACCAAAUACAACUAUAAAUCAAGUUGAUGAUGAUUCAAUGGAAACAAGUUCUGUCAUAGCAAGAAAUAAUACAACAUUUGUCGGUCAACAAUCCGAAGAAAAAGGAUAUUUUCAUCAUUUAUUAACUGGAAAAACAAAUAUACAAGUAUUAGUUGAUCAAUGGAUUGAUUCUUAUCAAGCAAAUCGUGAUGAAGCAUUAAUUGAAUUAAUGCAAUUUUUCUUAGAUAGUAGUGGUUGCAAAGGAAAAUUAACACAAACAAUGUAUUUAAAAAUGGAACAUAUUGAUAUGUUACGAACCAUGACUGAACAUUUUGAUGAGGAUACAUCUGAAUAUCCAAUAAUAAUGUCUGGUUUACAAUACAAAAAAUUUCGUUCAUCAUUUAGUGAAUUUGUUGUAUUAUUAAUUAAACAAUCAUCCUAUUUAAUUAUAUAUGAUCAAUAUAUGAUUGAUAAUCUUGUAACAUUAUUAACUGCUCUAUCUGAUUCACCUGUUCGUGCUUUUCGUCAUACAGGAACUCUAGCUGUUUUAAAAGUUAUGACAGCUCUUGUUGAUAUAGCAUUAACAAUAAGUAUACAAAAAGAUCAAUGUCAAAGACAAUAUGAAGCUGAAAGACAGAAAUCAAGUGCAAGACGAGCAGCUGAUCGACUUGAUACUUUAACAACUAAACGAAAAGAGCUUGAAGGAAAUGAAAAUGAAAUUAAAAGCUUCAUGAAUUUUAUAUUUAAAGGUGUUUUUAUUCAUCGUUAUCGAGAUGUGGUACCGGAUAUCCGUUGUUUAUGUAUGAGUGAACUUGGUGAAUGGAUGAAAAGUUAUCCGACGGUUUUUCUUGAUGAUAUUUAUCUUAAAUAUAUUGGUUGGACUUUAUAUGAUAAAGUUAAAGAUUGUCGUUUACGUUGUUUACUUGCAUUAAUACCUUUAUUUCAAACAACAGAUCUUGUUGGCAAACUUGAAUUAUUUAUUAAUCGAUUCAAAGAUCGUGUUGUACAAAUGACUGUUGAUUGUGAAUAUGAAGUAGCCGUACAAGCAAUUAAACUUUUAACUGCUAUAUUAAAAUUUAAUGAUCGAAUACUUGAAGAUAAAGAUUGUGAAAAUAUUUAUGAACUUGUUUAUCAUUCACAUCGACAAAUAGCACAAGCUGCUGGAGAAUUUCUUAAUCAAAAAUUAUUUCAUAAAGCUGAACAACCAUUAAAUACAACAAAAAAACGUAGUCAAAAUACAGCGUUUAUGUAUUUACUUGUACAAUUUUUUAUUGAAAGUGAACUUCAUGAACAUGCAACUUAUUUAGUUGAUUCAAUGUGGGAUCAACAUCCAAUGAUGAAAGAUUGGGAAUGUAUGACAGAUAUAUUACUUGAAGCAUCUGAUCAAGAUGAUGAUCCUCUUGAUGAUCAACAUGAAAAUUGUUUAAUUGAAAUCAUGGUUUGUUGUGUACGUGAAGCUGCAACAGGUGAAUAUCCAAUAGGUCGUGGACAACCAAAUCGAAAAUUAACAAUGAAAGAACAAAAACAAAAAGAUGAUGAUAAAAAAAUUUUAACCGAUCAUUUUAUCGGCAGUUUACCAGCAUUACUUAAUAAAUAUAUUGCCGAUGCCGAUAAAUUACUUAAUUUAUUACAAAUUCCACUUCAUUUUAAUUAUGAAACUUAUACAACAGCAAGACGUGAACGUGAUCUUGAUAGUUAUUUAAAUGUAUUAAGCGAUAUUGUACAACGUCAUACAACAGCUGAUGUUUUUGAUUCUGUUUCGAAAUGUUUCGAAUGUGUAUGUGAUGUUAAUUUUACAUUAUCAAAUCGAGCUAUUGCACAUCGUGGAAAUAUUAUGGAUAAAAUUUUAGCAAAUUUUAAUGCAGCUAUGAGUAUUUUCGAAGAAAUGGAUGAAGCUGAUGAAGAUGAUUUAUAUCCAUUAUUACUUAAUUUAAGAAAAUUAGAUGCUUUUCAUCAAUGUCAUGAUCUAGGAAAUGUUGAUUUAUGGGAUAAAAUACAUUUGUUAUUCAAAGCAGCAAUUGAUAAUGAAGAUAUGUCACCAGAAAUUGUUGAUAAAUGUUUUGGUAUUGCUAACCGUAGUUUACUUUGGGGACUGUAUCAACUCGAUAUACAAUUUGAUAAAGAUUUAUUGAAAAAAGUCGUAAAACGUAGUCGUAAAUUAUCUACACUGUGUCAAAAACUAAUGCUACAUGCUAAUGCUCAAAUAUGUCAAUAUGCCUAUUCAACAUUAUGUGAUUUAUUAAUCAGUAUGAGUCCACAUUUAGUUGAUAAAAAUCCUGAUUAUCAAUCACUUGUUAUUGAAAUUAAUGAAAAUCUUAUUCAAUCAUUAUUAACAUUUUUAAAUACUUAUGUAUUUUUUGUUGAAGAUCCAAAAAAUCAAGAUGAACAAGCUAAAAUUGAAACACUUCAUAAGAAACGUAAUCUACUAGCUGCUUAUUGUAAAUUAAUCGUACAUAAUGUAUUACCAAUUCAAGCUGCAACAAAUAUACUUAAAUAUUAUGUUAAAUAUAACAAUGAUUUUGGUGAUAUUAUUAAGAAUACAUUUACACGUGCUCGUGAUAUUUCAAAAAUUCAUACGGCGAAAACAAUGGCUUAUAGUCUUAUGGCUGUUUUUAAAGAAUGUGUUGCUGCUCAACAAACAACUGGAAAUGAUGAAAAUGCUAAUAUUGAUCUAUCACCAUUAAGAGAAUUAGCUCGUCGAUUUAAUCUUUCAUUUGGUCUUGAUAUGGCUAAACAAAGAGAGGCACUUGCUGCUCUUCAUCGUGAAUGUAUACGUUUUGCAUUAACACCAUUAUUUAAUCAUGAUGAUCCAACACAACCUGGUCCAAAUAUUCUCUUUCUUGAAGUAUUACCAGAAUUUGCUUCAAAACUUCUUAAACCCGAUAAAAAAGCAAUUUUUGAUCAUGUUGAUAAACUCGUACACAGUGCAACAAUUGAAAGUGAUGCAUGGCAACCAUUAAUUAAUUAUCGUCGUAUUCUUAAUGAUGAAGUUGGUAGUGGACACGGACCAAAAGUACGUGCAUCGACUGGUACUCGUGGUCGUAAACGCGCAAUACCACAAGAUGGUAGUUGA